AUGGAUAGAUGCGUUGGGUGUCGACGAAGACAAGAUAUAGUAGAAGGUGAUAGAAACAGUGAAGGUAUGCGUCGCCACGAACUGCACAGGAGGGGCCGUGUUCGGCAGUGUAUGGGUUAUAUGGUUGGCACGUGCCCGCUGAUCACACCAGCUCUGAUCAUCUCCUUCAUAUUACACAUCACAGUAGUUCAUAGUCAAACUACGUUAGAUAGAUUACAUGCUUUCCCACCGUUAUUCAAUGCUGCUGAAAAUCGCCCGGUUGCCACGGAACCGUCACAAAGUACCUGUGGAUACCCGGAACGAAACGCUUACUGCAAAAGUUCUACGAUUGUAGAAUCCUUAGAGGUGUGUAACCACAACUUUUGCGUUCAAACGUGCCCUGUUACUCGGAAUGAUUUACCAACUCCGCAAAAUGUACUGGACGCGACUUCUUCGGGAAGUAACACUUGCAUUGAGAUUGACACCAUCAAUGUCAGACCAGGAAGUACUAGAGAAACGUCUACUUUCUUCUCUCAGACGGGUCCCACGUGCUUCCUCACCCCUCGGGCGAUCCCGGCUCUCGGAGCUAAGGGAGCUUUUACCAUAACUGUUUGGAUAUGGCAAGAAGCUAAUAACGAUGGAGUUAUCCUGGAGAAGUUCAGUCAGGAUUCAGAGAUUACCCUUCGUCUACAGGUGUCACAGACUCAGGUGACUCUGUUUUACCGCAGCCUGACAGGUUUGGCAGGCAUCAACCUCAAUGAAACUAUCCCAUCUCGCAUGUGGACACACCUGACUGUUCAGGUCUAUGAUCGCAGUAUCAGUUUCUUCCUGAAUGGGCUCCAUGCUGGAUUCUCACCUGUACUGACAGAGACUGUAAGCAGUAUAAUACAGGAUAAAGUGGGACAAGUUAGAGUGGGGCAGUCAGCUCAAGGUUCCCUCCAGUUUCUUGGCCGAUUGCAGGACUUCAGGUUCUACUCAGAGACAUUGUCUAACAGAGAAAUAGAGCUGAUAUACUCUGGUACAUUCCCUCCUGUCCGGAUCCAGUCGUCAUGUAGGUGUCCUCCCUCACACCCGCGUAUACGCCCUACCCAGACCCACUACUGUAUCCGUAAUGGAGAGCCCGACAACACAGGGAACCAGAUUCUCCGCCUCAACACAGAUGCCCACCCCAUAGAGUAUGUUAAUGAUGGUGACAGUAACAGUAUCUGGAUAUCCCGCUUCCAGGACACCGUCACGCUCACCAUCGACCUGGGCGAUGUUUUCCAGGUGUUCUAUGUGGUGUUACAAUUCUACAGCCCCCUCCCGAAAGGCGUUACCAUGGAGAAGCAGGUAAAUGCUUCAUCUUCCUGGGAAACCUGGCAGAAGUAUGCAGACGAUUGUCCCACCCGCUUCAAUAUGACCAAUAAUGGACCCCUCCCUAAUCCCACUGCUGUCAACUGUCUUCAGUUUGGGAUCCCCAGCCUACCCCUGCCAUCUUCUAAGGGGAACAUCACCUUUAAUGUCCUCUCCCCAGAGCCGGUUCCCAGACCAGGGUAUAAUGACUUCUACAACGCUCAAGGUCUCUACGACUUUGUAGCUGCUUCAAAGGUCAGAGUCCGGCUGGAUGAGCAUUUUAAUGUGACAGAAAUUCGUCAUACAUAUCAUGGGCUUUUUGAACUCAUCAUCAGUGCCAGAUGUCAGUGUAAUGGACACGCCCCCACCUGUGACACAAACACCCUACCCUACAGGUGCAACUGUUCAAUACUCAGUCACACCGAGGGAGACAAGUGUGAUCAUUGCCAGCCUCUGUUUAAUGACAAACCAUUCAGAAGAGGCGACCCUAUAACAGCAUAUAACUGUAAGGAAUGCCAGUGUUACGGUCACGCCGACAGCUGUGUGUAUGACCGCUCCGUUGACCCUUUCCCAGAUGAGCAUGAGAGCGGAGGGGGUGGAGUUUGUGUUGCUUGUCGUCACAACACUGUUGGACAGAAGUGUGACACCUGUGCGGUGAACUACUUUCGCCCAGAGGGUGUAAGUUUGUACAGCGAGGACGUAUGUGUUCCGUGUGCUUGUAAUAGCAGUGGAGUUGUUGAUGUCACGAUGGAAUGUGCCAAGGUAGGAGGAUUGUGUCCCUGUAAGUCUAGUGUUCAGGGACGUGCCUGUGACAGCUGCAAACCUGGGUACUAUAAUCUGGAGCAGAACAACCCAUCUGGCUGUACCCCAUGUGGGUGUAACACUGCGGGGACGGUUGACGGGAAUGGGACUUGCGACCAGACCACAGGCCAGUGUUACUGUAAACCUAAUGUCAGAAAUCGGCAAUGCAACUCUUGUGACUAUGGGUAUUACAAUUUGAAUGCAACCCUUCCCGAUGGUUGCCUACCCUGUAACUGUGACCCCAGGGGCUCCAGUAAUACCGUCUGUGACCCUGGAGCGGGUCAGUGCAUCUGUAAGGCUAAUGUUGUAGGGAGGCGAUGCGACCAGUGCGCUGAUGGAUAUUACAACUUUGCGGCGGGUUGUGUGGUGUGUGACUGUGACCUUCAGGGCACUGCCCCUGGCACGACAUGUGACAAAACCACGGGGCAGUGUGUCUGUAAGGGCAACACCCAGGGUUCACGCUGUGACCAGUGCUCAGACGGAGCGUACAGCUUUGGGGAUUCAUCAGCACUGGGCUGCAUCAGCUGUAAUUGUGACCCUGCAGGGACAAAGCCAGGGGCGAGCAUCUGUGACAAGGUGUCUGGGCUAUGUGACUGUAAAGAUAAUGUGGUGGGGCGGGGUUGUAACCAGUGUCGGGGCAGCACUUGGGGACUCAAUCUCACAAACCCUGUGGGCUGUCAGUCGUGUGACUGUGACCCAUCAGGGACACAGAACGGAGCACAGGUACCAGUCAAUGAACUCACCUGUAAUCAGAACAGUGGUCAGUGUACCUGUUUGACCAACAGGCAAGGACGCAGGUGUGAUAGUUGUGUUCCAGGUUACUAUGUGACCCAGUCAGCGGGUGGGGGAUGUAUGGCAUGUCAUUGUAACCCCAGGGGUAGCCUUCCUGGCACAGUGUGUGAUGGCCAGACUGGGCAAUGCCAAUGUCGCACCGGGGACAGCGGGGUUACAGGGCUCUCUUGUGACACCUGUCUACCCACCUACUACAACUUUGACCAGGGGACAGGAAGAUGUAGCCCGUGCAACUGUCAUCCUGCUGGCAGUCUUAACACCACCUGUAACUAUGUGACGGGCCAGUGUGACUGUAAACAGUUUGUACAGGGUAUUCAGUGUGAUGGCUGCGUCCCAGAGGCCAGCAUCCUGGAUAUCAACAACCCCUAUGGCUGCAGUAAAGCCCCUGCCCAGCAACCACCCCCACAGCAUGUCCCCAUCAGUCCUACAGUCCUGCAGUUGUCAUGGUUACCACCAGACUACCCAAAUGGUGUGAUCAAGGCCUACAAUGUCUACAGGAAUGGUGUGCUGGCAGCAACAGUUGUCUCCAACGAAUCCAGAGGUGAGACAGUGUAUCAACAAAUCACCAGACAGAUACAUCAUUGUACAAAUGAAAAGCUGUUGAGUAUGACAUCAAGCAAUCAGUCAAUCAACCAUGAACUGUUGUUUUCAGUGUUCCACAAUGACACAGGCCUGACACCCUUCACGCAAUACACCUAUGUGAUAGAGGCUGUGAAUGACUUUGGCAGCGUGAGGAGUGAACCCAUCACCUUUGUCACAUCUGCUGGAAUACCUGAGGGUGCCUUAAUACUGCAGGUGUCAAACAGAGGGUCUCGUACAGCAGAUUUUGGCUGGAACGUCCCCACUCAGACAAAUGGACAGAUUCUGAAGUAUGUUCUCAAGGCCUCCACUGACAUCGAUCCGAAUGUGAUUGCUGUCUUUUGGGAGGGACUGGCCACAUUCCAGACACUGAGGAAUCUGACACCCUUCACAGGUUAUACCUUUACAGUUGAGGCAUGUACCACAGCCGGGUGUCUGCAAAGUGAGCCAGUCACCUUCAGCACCUUGUCAUCUCUCGCUGAGGGUCAGGAUGCUCCUACCAUCACCCCAGUCAGUUCCACAGAGCUCUUUGUGGGGUGGAACCCACCACGCUUCCCAAAUGGUAUCAUCAGUUUCUAUGAGUUGUGGAUGAGAAAGGCUGCUGCCCCUGGAGCCCCUCCCUUAGAGGCUACACGCAUCUUCUACCCCAGUGGUCAGUAUAAUCCCCGUCCCACCCAGGAGCCUGAGGAAAAUGCCCUCCCACCCCCACAGACUAACUACUCUGUGACUGGCCUGGACCCUUACACAGCAUACGAGUUCCAGGUGCUUUCUCAGAAUGAUGCAGGGAAAACGUCCAGCCCCUGGGCCACCGGACGCACCCUGGAAGCUGCUCCACUGUCCACUCCAGCACCAGUUAUCAUACCAUUGUCCAGUCAGCGGCUGAACCUGACAUGGGCAUCUCCGGCAGAUGACGAUGCUCGGGGAGUUAUUGUGUCAUACGGGCUGUACCAGUACAAGGCUACAGAUCCACUCACCAACCCCUUCUCACCACCCUUUACCUGGCAGCUGGUCAGACAGUUUAGUGGGGAUGUACACCACUUUGUUGUGGCUGAUCUGAGACCGUACACAGUUUAUCGGUUCUACGUGCAGGCUUGUAACUCUAUCGGCUGUGUAAGGAGUGUCGAUGAGGCGGGCAGAACACUGGCUGCUGCCCCAGAAGGGUUGGGCAAGCCUAGUGUUGAAGGGUUGAACUCUUCAGCUAUAGAGAUCACUUGGCUCCCCCCUGAGUUUGUAAAUGGACCUGCCCCAGUGUAUAGGGUAGAGAGGACAUCAACAGCCCUGAACUACCCUUCACAGGUGGCACGGGGUACACGCUUUCCUGGAGAAGGCUUCUACAGGUUCCCUCCUGAUACCAUUCCCCAGAAUGUUGGGUUCACAGGUAUCCAGUUCUCCUUCCGUACAUUUGCGAAGAAAGGUCUGCUGUUUUUUGCGGCAUCUGAUGGUCAACAGGAAGAGUUCAUUCUCAUACAGUUUGUGGCUGGACGACCUCGCUUUGUCUUUGAUCCUCAAGGAUGCCCUGCUAUUGCUCAGCCCACCAAUGAUGAAGGUCUGCCUUAUAAUGAUGGGAAAUGGCACCACUUGAUUGCCCGUCGUAAUGAGAAGUCAGGAUCUAUACUGAUUGAUAACACCUUCUCAGGCCAAGCAACAAUUCGUUGUGACCAGGGAAAUGUGAUCGGUACCAACACAGGGGUCUAUAUUGGGGGUCUGGACCCCAACUUUCAGCAGAGACGAGACUUUGGAGCCCAGGAAAGACGUGCUGCUCUGGUGGACCGUGGUUUCCGUGGCUGUAUCCGUGACAUGAAGAUCCUUCAACAGGUCUCCCCUGAAGAAUUGUGGGAAGACUUGGACUGGCAGAGAGCAGAGGUCAAUGAGCAGGCAUUCCCCAACUGGGAGGGCUGUCCCAUGAACCUGGAACAGGGAAUGCAUUAUAUGGGCAGAGGUUUUGCUGUUUUAUCAGCCAACACAUUUGAUGGAGGGGAUACAUUUUCCAUAUCUGUGACAUUCCGCACGGAGUUAAACAACGGCAUACUUUUCUUCUCUCAUGGGGGACGGGGAAUUUUUGUGCUGGCUGAGAUCAGGAACGGGUCGCUCUACAUGGAAGUUGGUGACGGCCAGAAGCGACAAAAUGUGACGUAUCCCGGGACACCCACUACAAACUUCUGUGACGGUCAGUGGCGACGUGUGACCUUUAGUAAGGAAGGUGAGCGGGUCAACGUCACCGUGAGGGAUCAGAGGUCAGAGUUAGCUGGCAACCCGGCAGUUGCCAUGGAGCUCAUCACAGUGUCACCAUUCUAUUUAGGGGGGAUUCCCAAAGGGAGUGAAGCCGAACUCUUCCUACGUGAUAAUGGAAUACAAGCAGCAGCAGGCUAUGGUGGAUGUUUAUCCGAUGUGUCAGUGAAUGGUGAGAUGUUCACAGACAUUGUUGAGAAGGUGGAAGAGUUGUUGAAUGUGAACCUUGAUGGCUGUCCUCAGUACCACACCCCUGCUGUCUCCUGUCAGACGAGCCUUGAGCAGGAGAUUUAUCGUGGGAGUUACAACAGAACCGUGGACAGUGGCCUUCAGCCCUACACAGAAUACCUGUACAGAGUGAUAGCAGAAAACAGUGCUGGUUCAGGCAGCAGUCCGUGGAGGAACGGGAAAACCAGAGAAGCAGCCCCGGAGAGGGUCAAUGCCCCAAGCAGUGCCACUUCUCCUCAAGGUCAUGUCAUCCUGGCAUUCUGGCCUAACCCGACCAGUAGCCCAGGAUUGUUAACAAGGUUGGCUCUGAGAGCGUACAACAACCAGUCCCCUGGGGAAGGGGUGAUAGAGGCGAACAUCACUGACACUAGUGCCCGCACAGGAACGAUAGUUGAUGUGAUUCCAUUCACAAGUUACACGGUGAAGCUGGUGGCUUGUACCUCAGGAGGCUGUACAGAGAGUGAGGAUGGGGCUACAGUAGUCACCAGGGAAGAAGCCCCUGAGGAUAUCCCUGCCCCAACAGCAGAAGCUGGUCCCACCCACCUGGUCGUGCAUUGGGCCCCUCCUGGACGUCCUAAUGGUGUGAUUACAGGUUAUAUCCUGUUCAUGAACUCUGCAGAGGUGUACAAUGGGGGUCAAACCUCGUUUAAUGUCACAGGCCUACAGGUAUACACAGGUUAUGUAUUCUAUGUACAAGCUUGCACUAAACAAGGGUGUGCCUCAGGGCCAUCGGCUGAUCUAACAACUGCUCAACUCCCCCCGUCAUUCAUGCAACCACCAAUCCUUCAGUCUUUAGGAACAUCUCAGGUUGAGGCGCAGUGGUCUGCCCCUGAUCAGGUCAACGGCGUGCUGGAGAGAUACCAGCUCUAUUUGUCAGUGAACCAGUCUACAGUCGGGGAGCUGGUCUACAACAACACUGACCGCUUCCUCACCUAUGUCAUCCCCAAUCUCAAUGCAGGCACGACCUACUUCAUCAGGGCUGCAGCAUGUACGGGUGGAGGCUGUAGAUUGAGUGCCCCUAGCAAUGUCACCACUGAGGAGAGUGCUCCUGAGGGGGUCCCUGACCCUGUGGUUACCUCCCCUGGCCCCACCCGCCUUGUUGUCACCUGGGGCCUCCCCCAGCUCCCGAAUGGUGUGAUAGUGAGUUACGAACUGUUCCACAAUGGCCUGAGUGUGUUUCACACACCUAACCGUCGUACGUACACCAUUGACAACCUGUUGCCGUACAGCGUGCAUGCCUUCCGUGUGAGUGCCUGCACUGUAAAGGGGUGUGGCAUGAGCAGGGAGGUAGAGGCGCGCACCCAGGAGGAUGCCCCAAGGGGAUUUGUCAACAUCGUGGCUCUAGAUGUGAAAGAUGCGAGGUCAGUCGAGCUCCAGUGGUCUCCCCCCGACACUCCAAAUGGGUUGCUGUACUAUGAUGUUUACUUCUCUGGGCCAUUCUACGUUGAUGCAGUGAACUGGAACUACAAUGUGUCAGAGGAGAGACAGAGCCUGUACCGAAACACAACAGUAAACUCCCCGGUGCUGAUUGAGGAUUUGAUCCCAUACUCCAGGUACUCUGUACAGGUGAAUGCCUCUAACACCAAGGGCUUUCUGCUGAGCAGUAUCAGAGAGGUGGAGAUGCCCCAAGGAUCCCCAGAUGGUGUGCAACCCCCAGUACUAAGCUCCCCCUCCUCCACCUCUGUCCUGGCUGUGUGGAAGACAGUGGGUAGAGACAAUGCAGACACCCCACCCUCCUACACACUACAGAUGAGGCCCACCACUCCCGGGGCCACAGCCACUGAUGUUUUUGGCCCCUCCACAGCCACAACUCAUACUGUAGUGGGACUAAGACCGUUCACAGAGUAUGAGUUCAGGCUGGUUGCCCAGAACCGCUUUGGGCCUACUUUGUCCACCUGGGAAGCCAUGUACACCAAACAAGCAGAACCCACCUCUUUGGACCCUCCUCGCAUUAUCUCAGUGAUGUCAAACUACAUUGAUUUGGAGUGGAACGCUCCACUACAACCUAACGGGAUCUUGACGGAGUAUAUGGUCUAUCAGAACUCUGUCCUCAGGCAAUCUGUAUCAGCCAAUGAGACAAGUCUGCGUGCAGAUGGACUUGAGGCUAACACGCUGUACACUUUCCAGCUAUCAGCCUGCACUGUGGCAGGAUGUACGCAGAGUGGGGAUUCCUCAACUGUGCGCACCCUACAAGCAGCACCACAAGGCAUCCCUGCUCCCACCCUUACCUCACCCACCCCUGCCUCUGUACAGGUGGUUUGGGCAGAGCCUGCUAAGCCCAAUGGCAUCAUACGGCAAUACACUGUAGAGCGCAGACUCAAGGGAGACAACUCCUCGGUGGUUGUGACCAAACAGUCUGCCAUGGUGGCCACAGUAUACACAGACAGCUCAGCAGAGUUAAAUCCCUUUACUGCUUAUGAGUACCGCAUACUGGCGACAAAUGAUGUGGGAACUGGAGCUGGACCCUGGGCAGAGGUUAUCACAGCUUCAUCUAGACCAGGUGGUAUGCGAGCACCCACUGUGAGAGUUUUAGGUCCUCGCUCAUUGGAGAUCAGCUGGCUGGAGCCAAUCCGUCCCAAUGGAGAACUGGAGUAUUACAGUCUGUAUGUGCCACCACUACCACGACAGAUCUACAACACCAGUCAGCGUGUGGCCAUCCUGUAUGAUUUGAUCCCAUACACUAACUACACCGUCUCUGUGGCGGCAUGCACAGCCGGUGGUUGCACUGAGAGUGUGGGUGUGACCGUACAGACUCAGCCUGCCACUCCAGAUGGUCUCUUACCCCCAUUCCCAGUCCCCAUCUCCCAGACCAUGAUCACCAUUACGUGGGAGGUGCCACUUUACCCUAACGGUCCGAAUAUCAGAUACGAGCUGGCCAGGAGGACACUUAGACGACCUCUAGUCCCUUCAAACUCUAACCUUGGGCUGUGGAGCUCUCUGUACACAGGGAAUCAGACAUACUAUGAGGAUCGUGGACUGACACUCUUCACCUUCUAUCAGUAUCGCGUCACCGUGUUCAAUAGUAUUGGGCAUUUGACCAGCAGCCCGUCCAACGAGGUGUCCACAUUUGGAGGUGUCCCUCAGAGACCUGCCGAUGUCUCCGUGAGGUCCUUAGAUCACAUGUCACUGUGGGUGAACUGGACCACACCCUCUGUGGUUGAACUGCAGGGGUCUGUCGAGAUAUUCACUGUGGUGUACACCAGUAACACAGACACCAGCUCCAAGGUUCUGGGGCCUGGGGCUGACAACACCACACUGACUGAUCUGACCCCCAACACUGAGUAUUCUAUCACCCUGACCAUCAGCAUUAUAGGGGGGGCCACCAUCACCAGCCCAGCCGUCAACGCUACCACUUUGGAUGGAGCUCCAGAAGGCCUUGCCCCUCCCAAGCUGCUCCCUAUCAGUGACCACUCCCUACAGGUGGUGUGGUCAGCACCGGCCAAGCCCAAUGGUCAGGUCACUGGGUACUAUAUCUACCUGGAUGGUGAGAAGAUAUCAACCAAUCAAACGACAGCGGGCUCUUACAUCAUCACUGACCUUCAGCCAUACACGGUGUAUUCUAUACAGAUGGAAGUCUGUACAGUCCAUGACUGUGUGAGAAGUAAUGUAACUCGUGGUACCACAGCUGAGGCUAGGCCCCAGGGGGUGACGCCCCCAAACCUGGUCACCCGAGGACCCGACACAAUAGACCUCUCCUGGCUCACCCCUGAAAAUCCAAAUGGAAUCAUCCUGUCCUAUGACAUCACCAGGGUUACUGUGGUACCAUGCUCAGAAAUUGAAGAGCCUACUGUCCCUCCCCCAUCUAACACCUGUACUUACCUGACCUGUGAUCAUCAGGAAAAUGUAUGCGGGAGUGUGUGUUACUCGGGACCGAAGGUAUGUUGUGAUGGAGUGGUUCAUGAUGCACAGCCUAGUCAUGAGUGUUGUGGGAGGAGCUAUAUUCCAGCUCGCUCCGCCCCUGACGACGUCUGUUGUGGUGGGAGGUUCCACAGACGAAGAGAGAAUUACCAGUGCUGUGGAAGCAGGUACCUGCCUGUGCCACCAGGUCAGGUGUGCUGUGUAGAUAUGACCCAGGACCGUGUGGCCAUCGGGUAUGGGGACAGCUGUUGCGGCACCCUGCCUCACACGUCAUCAGGGGCACAGCUCUGUUGUGCAGGCUCCUUGAACAACCGUUAUGGUCAGCAGUGUUGUGGGGGUGAGGUUGUCAGUGAGGAGAGAACCUGCUGUGGGAACCUCACACAUGGUCAGGCGUACACCCCGGGGUCAGGCUACCAGUGCUGUGGGUCAGACUACAUACAGGAAGACCGGAACCUAUGUUGUGUGACGGCCACAGGGGUUGCCAAAGUGCACCCAUACAGUAACAGUAGUAUGAAGGCAUCUAGUAACCAGAAAUGUUGUGGCCUUGAGGUUGUCUCAGUUGGUCUGAGCUGUUGUAAUCAUAAGGGAUAUAACCCAGCUGUCCAGGUGUGUGCUGACAAGACAGAGCAGGGGACAGGGUGUGGAAGUGGAACCCUGUGUCCCAUCUCUCAGACAAACUCGGCCUUCUGUGAUCAGUGUGACUUUGAUCGUGUUAACAAGGUGUGCAGCUUGUACAAGCCACUUCCCAGGGUUGUACCAGACAGUGCCCCUGCUGAGGAGAGCAAUACUGGUGACUGUGAGGUGAAUAAACAGAUCAUUUACACAGGGCUGGGACUCUCCUACACAGACCGUGGCCUAUCCCCCUUCACACAGUACAAGUAUUCCAUCACGGUCACAAACAGUGCAGGGAGAACCCAGAGCGAUUUCUCCAGCGCCGUCACUUUACAGUCUGUCCCCCAGGGGCUUGCCCCGCCCAUGUAUAAAGUCUACCCAGACAGGCUGUAUAUCAUAUAUCUCACAUGGAGAGAACCAGCCCAGCCAAAUGGGGAGAUAAUUCGUUACACACUAACUCGUGAUGGGCAGGAAAUGUACCGAGGACUGAACCUCCAGUUCAAUGAUGAUAACACAAUAUUACCCUAUAGGUCCUACGCCUAUGUUCUAUCUGCCUGCACUGUGGUGGGCUGUACACAGAGUAAUCCGAUCUUCGUGGCAACAGCCCAAGCCCCGCCUGAAAACAUUCUUCCUCCAAGAGUUUCUGUCCUGAGUGCAACAACCAUCCAGCUGGAGUGGUCUCCCCCUGCCGUGUCCAAUGGCCUCAUUACACAGUACAGUGUUCUGAUGGAUGAUGCUGGGCCAGUUUUCAAUACCACUGGACUUGAGCAUGUGAUUAGAGGCUUGGUGCCAUUUACGGAAUAUAGCUUUGCCAUACGCGUGUGUACCAGGGCAGGCUGUACUGACAGCACCAAUGUUACUGCUGUCACUCUACAGGCCAGACCUCAAGGUGUGAAGGCUCCUAGGUUUCUGAUCAUCAGCUCAACAGUUGUGCAGCUUUACUUCUCCCCAGGAAUUGUCAAUGGGGAAAUCAUGGGGUACAAGCUGUUCCGCACUACAUCGGGGAAGACUGUUGUGGGAUAUUCAGGUGAUGCCACAACCCUCAUGACUACUCAGUCAUCUCUGAUCCCUGGAGCAACAUACAGUUUUGCCUUAGAGGCUACGAAUGGUGGAGGAGCAAGCAACAGCUCCUUGACAGUGAUUGACAUGCCAAUAAUCACGCCUAUCAACAUUCCUCCACCAAAGACUGUGACUGUGCUGGGUCCCCAGUCCAUCUCGGUGACUUGGGAUGACCUGCAGAACAUCACUCGCGACCAGACACAGCGAGAAAUAGAUCAAUACCGGGUUCUCAUAAAUGGAGGAUCUAAAACGGAGAUUGAAAAAGCGGUGGGCCUGGCUCUGUCCACAGUGGUAGGAGGACUCCAGCCUUACACAGAGUACUCAGUGAGAAUCCGGGUGUGUCUACAGGGCGUGGCCAAUGGGUGUGGCACAGGACCUGACCUCAAGGCCAUUACGGCAGAGGACACUCCUACAGGUCAGGCACCGCCUGUUGUAAUAGCACUAGGACCAGACGUGGUGGAUAUUUCCUGGGAAGUACCUGCUAAACCUAACGGUGUGAUACGACAGUACCGGAUUCACCAGCGAGCUGUCGGAACCACCACAGAUAUUCUCAUCAACCAGGUGGACAAUACCACAUUCAGCUUCAGGCAUGCCGGCAAUGACCUUCAACCUUUCUCACAGUAUGAGUAUAAGGUCACAGCCAUAAAUGGCGCAGGUCAAGUGGAGAGUGUCUGGUCCAAAGUCCGUACACUGGAGGCGCCCCCUAUAGGAAUACAGGAUCCUGUCGUCAAUGUGAUGGGGGCCUAUGGCAUGCAGGUGUCAUGGACUGAACCCAGAAGCCCCAAUGGCCUCAUCCGCAUGUAUGACAUCCACUAUACACAUCUUUCCAAUGACCCAACAAUAAUUAAUCCCAUCACUGUGGUAACAGUUGAUGGAAGUCUGCGGUCAGCUGUGAUCAGUGGUCUACAGCCGUUCACUCGCUACGAUGUGCGUGUGGCAGCCAAUAACAGUGCUGGUAGUGCCGUCAGCAACUGGGUGUCCAUUCAGACUGGAGAGGCAUCACCAUCAGGGCUGGGCAGUUUCGUUGUGGAAAAAAUGACAAAUGGAGAGGCUGUCAUCCUGCGGUGGGGUAUGCCAGCCCAACCUAAUGGGGUCAUUACCACAUACAGAGUGUAUGAGGGUGACAGUGAGGUGGCUGUCUACCAGGGCCUGAACAGAGAGUUCGAGUUUCGGCGUCUGCAGCCUUACACAGAGUACUCUGUGCGCCUAGGGGCGUGUACAAAUGCAGGCUGCACUCAGACGCCCGCUCAGAGGUUCAGAACUGCAGAAAUCCUCCCUGAGGCACAGCAGCCCCCAAGUCUUGGUGCUGUCAAUUCCACAAAUGUAGUUCUCACCUGGUCCAAACCUCUGAAUCCGAACGGCAAGAUUCUGUCCUACGAGGUGCUGAGACGAACUGUUGCUAGGCGACGGAAACGACAAGCUUCAGAAGCCAUCGUUGUGUAUAAGACCACGGACACAGACAGAGAUACUUAUGAGUUUGUGGAUUCUGGCUUGAGGCCAAACACAAAGUACCAAUACAAAAUCAAAGCUUACAAUUCCAUAGGAUCUUCAGACAGUCCAUGGGUAACUGUUGAUACAGAUGAAGCUCCACCCACAGGCAUGCGGCCUCCUACAGUGAAUUAUGUAACAAAUGAUGUGCACUCGCUGUUUAUAACCUGGUUGCCCCCUGACCAGAUAAAUGGAGUCCUCUUGAGUUACCGGCUUCAGAGAAAUGAUAGUGUGCCUCCAUGGAGCUUCACUCCCUCAGAUCAGCUGCAGUUUACAGACACAAACUUACAGGCGUACACCGUGUACAGCUACACUGUGACGGCAUGCACUAGCGGCGGUUGUACGCAGAGUCUUCCCACGGUGCUGAGAACCAAAGAAACGGCACCACUUCUCACUCUACCCCCUGCUUUGCAGGCAAUCAAUUCCACAGCAAUCAAGGCCACAUGGCAACAGCCAGAGAUUGCUAAUGGGGAGAUAACUGAGUAUCAGCUCACACGGGAUGGGCAGUUGGAGUACAGAGGGUUAUUACUAGAGUUUACCUCAGGAGGCUUGACCCCCCACCAGGAGUAUGAGUACAGGCUGACGGCGUGCACUAAUGGGGGAUGCACAGACAGUGCCCCUGUGCAGGAACGACCUCUAGGUGCCCCACCCACAGGCAUGAAUCAGCCUCUAUUACGGGUGCUUAGCUCAGCUUCAAUUGAGGUGUCAUGGAGCCCUCCGCAGAAUCCAAAUGGGGUGAUUACCUCGUAUGACGUACGCCGAAACAACAGUCUGGUGUACACAGAAAGCCUGGCCAUUGCUGGUAUCCUGCGCACCGCAUACACAGACUAUAACUUAAAUGCAGGUGUCAAGUAUUCAUAUACUGUAACAGCCUCCAAUAGCGAGGGCUCGGUGACAAGUCCUUCAGCCAUAGCAGAGACUUAUAGCUCCUCCCCGUCAGGAAUCCAGCCACCAGAGUUAGUUCCCCUGACGGCCUACUCCAUUCAGGCGUCCUGGACAGCCCCAGAGACAGCAAAUGGUGACCUGCAUAACUACACCCUCUACCAGGGAAAUGAGGUGAAAUACUCAGGGCCAAUAGACCGCCUUAUGUAUGUGGUGCCAAGUCUGCAGCCGUGGACAGAUUACACAUUCCGAGUGCAGGUGUGUACAAACCGUGGAUGUGAGCUGAGUGCGCCUGCCACCACCCGCACACUCGAGGCUGCCCCUGAGAACCAGAGCCCACCUCAACUCACCGCCUCCGCAGACUUCAGUGGGAGACACAACGGAGUUAGACUCAGAUGGGCACCACCUGACAACCCGAAUGGGGAGAUAACUCACUACGUGGUUCGUAGACAACCUCUGACUAAAAGUGACACAGGUGGGAAUCAGUAUGGAGAAGUCACCCAGGUAUUCAACGGGAGCAGACUGGAGUAUUUUGACAGUGACCCACUUGUGCGACCCUACACAUUCUACCGUUACAUGGUUACAGCAUAUAACCAUGUUGACUCCACCUCUAGCCUGUGGAGAGAGGUGUUUACUAAGGAGGCCCCACCCCUGGGAGUACCCACCCCUGAAAUACUGAAUGUGACCUCUAGAACUGUGACUGUUCGGAUGAGUCCUCCUGCUCAGCCUAAUGGGGUCAUUGUGGAGUACAACGUGCGGGUCAAUGGGACAGUGAGAAGCCGUGGUUCGGCCACUUCUUUGGUACAAACGGCUGGGGAUAGCAACCCUCUGUUACCCUACUCCACCUACCUCAUCCAAGCUGAGGUCUGCACAAGGCCUGGCUGUACCCUUAGUGAUGCCGUGGUAACCAGGACAACUGAGUCCACUCCCACAGGUCUGGACCCAAUCAUCAUUGGAGAAGUAACCUCAACUUCUGUUAAGCUGUCAUGGGUCCCACCCAAAUUCCCAAAUGGACCAAUCAGCAGGUACCUGGUGUAUCAGCGCCCUGGAUGUCCCCGCUCCGCCCAGGUAUUUCUCCAGCCCUGUGUCACAGAAGAUGCUGUACAGAUUUACUCGGGGCUUAACCUUGAGUUCACAGCCACGGACUUAGUGCCUUACACCACGUACGAUUUCCAGGUCCGUGUGGAGAACAACCAGGGCCUGGGCGACUUUGCACGCUGGGUCAACACGCAGACAAAAACAGCAGCUCCUGCUUAUUACAAAUUGCCAAAGUUAAGUAAGAAUGGAACACGUGCCGUCAUUGACUGGACCUCAUCAUUCCGCCUGAACAGCCAGCUACAGAGUUACACGCUGACCAAAGAUGACCAAAAGGUCAUGGAAGGUAUCCUGUCUGUCUACAGUGUGGAGAGGACGCUCAGAGAUGCCACGAUAAAAUUCAAGAUAGUUGCGAAGACAGAGACUGGUACAGCCACAUCACCUGACAUCAUCUUUGACCCUAACGCUGUGGAUAACAUAGCCACCCAGACGCCACCAGUAACAGGAGGACAGACAGGUGACCCACCCGUCUACCAGGAAGUCUGGUUCAUUAUCCUCAUGUGUGUCAUCGCUCUCCUCCUCCUCUUCAUCGUCCUUGCCUUCUGCAUCAAGCGCAUGACACGCCCCCGCCCCUAUGUCAGGGAGAGGCUCCCAUUAGAGGCACGCCAGAAGAAAGCCGACUAUGACUUCAGCCAUGAUCCGUACAGUGGCAGUGUUGUGGCUGAUGAUUUUCCAGCUCGGCCUAGAAGUGAAGCUCGGACCACACAGGCAGAGUUUGGUGUCAUCAACCCGGCCUUCACAAACCCCACCAUGCGACCUUUAACCUUGGAAUCUGAUGACCUUGACCUGACCUUUGAUAAUAUUUCCAAAACAUCAAAGUAUGAGGACGACGAUAUUUCCUGGGGGAAACCCCAGGAUAGUGGACUGUAUGAUGAAGACCUUGACAGCCUGAACGCCCCAUCUUACAGCAUCACCAAAGAACAGACCAUCUUCACAGACACACACUUGUAAUCACUUCAUGGAGUACUUAGUUGAGUGCGUGAAAGUAUAUUUAUUGUAUGAAAACAAACAAAAGUCAAAUUCUUCAUGUUGGUGCUGAGUUUAUAUGCUCUUGUGUUUUCACUAUUAAAAUAGUGAAUUUUGUUGCA